AUGAAGUGUCCCCUGAACUCAUUAUGGAGCCCCAGUUUACUCCUGUGGACUGGUUUACUUCUACGCUGUGAGGCCAAAGUGUACACUGAGAUACAACCUGGACCUCUGUAUCGUGUCGUGGGCUCUAAGUUCUCCAUUUCCUGCAACACCAGUGGCUUCAGGGAUGAAACGGAUGAAAAGAUUUUUGAAUUCCGCGUGACAAAGCCUGCGCGCCCAAACUUUGAGAUCAACAUCAUCAGUACCCAUGAUAAAGACUUCGGCUACGCCAGCCAUCAAGGGCGCGUGUCGAGCAAGGACAUUUCUCUUACGCAUGUGAAUCCUAACUCGGCCCUUUUUCAGAUACAAAGGCUACUCAAAGACGACGAAGGAGAAUACGACUGCAAAGUAGUAAAUACAGAAAGUCUUUUUGAUGGAACUUACAGCGCUAAGACAACUGUUAAAGUGAUUGACAACUCCCUAAGUGUUUCAUCAAGUGGCGCCACCACCUCGCUGAGCUAUAACGAAGGAGAAGCUCUCACUUUGACAUGUCAAGCCUCCAGCAACACCAUUCAGCACACCCAUCUGUCUUUCGCCUGGUAUCUCCGUAAAGAUGGACAGACCGACGCUCAGCCCAUCAUUUCUCUGGACAGAUAUUUCACGCUGAGCCCAGGCCAGGGGUUUGAGCAGCGUUACAGGGAAGGAGCCAUCCGCCUAGAUAAACUAGGAGAGGCCACGUACAGGCUGAAGAUGGCGCAGCUUGAGGUUUCGGAUCAAGGCAAAAUCUACUGCCAGGCUCAGGAGUGGAUCCAGGAUCCGGAUCGUUCCUGGUACUUGAUUGCUCAGAAAGAUGCUGAGGAAUUUACCCUGAGAGUCAAAACCACAGAAGUGACAGACAUGUCAUCUCUGGUGGUGAACAUGGCAGUGGAUCAGACAACCCUACAGGAGGGAGAAGAGCUGCUGCUGUCCUGCAGCAUCGACACUCAGAACCUGGAGGAACGGUUCUUCUCUGUAGCGUGGCUCUGGGAGGGCAUCGAGCUGGCCCGCAUCGGCCCCACUGGUAUUCUGACUGUGCCGCCUGAGUACAGCCAUCGAGAAAAAGAAGGGGAGCUGAGGGCCAUGCGGGUUGAGAACAGAAAAUAUACGCUCAUAUUAAAGCCAGUCCGAACCGCAGACCAGGGAAAGUUUAUCUGCAGAGCGUGGCUGGAAGAGAGAGGCAGUGAUGGAAGUUUUACUAAGGGAACAAUCCAGGAGUCCAGCCCCCAGCUGAUUAAAAUUUCAGCAGCAGAAAGUGAGCUGUCAGUGGUGAUGCAAGAUGCAACAGUACUGAUUACCGAAAGUGAAAAGUUGAGGCUUGUCUGUAAAGUGGGUGGAUUCAAGGAUCAGCUCUCUGUCACCUGGCAACGCAAGCCCAAACUCCAAACAGCCUUGCUCACUGACGUCAUCAGUCUAAGUCAGGAUGGCGUAAUGGAGACGGGAGCAGAUUUCAUGAGCCGUAAAGUGAGCGGGAUGCGUCCAGCAGCCGACAGCUUCAUCCUGGAGCUUGAUGAAGUCACGCCCUCAGACUCAGGUGUUUACCAGUGCACCGUGACGGAAAGGACAAGCAAUGGCAAGAUUUACAGUCAGUCACAAUCUGCCAAUGUGACCGUGAAAUCUAUCGAAUCACUGGUGAAACUGUCUCUGAAAACUCGCUACAGCAGAGUGACAGUGGGAGAUACGGUGGAGUUGAUGUGCAAGGUCACGAGGCUGCACGUGCCCGCCAUUUUCAGCUGGAUCAAGCAAAAUGAAGACUCCAGCCUGAACACCAUUGUGACACUGUCUUCUGACGGUCCCAUCAGCUGGUCUGGAGAUCAGCAUCAUUACCAGGUUCAAGUAGAAAAGCAAGAAAAGGCAGUCAUGUACUACCUGAACAUCGUUGGUGCCAGCCACCGGGAGGCUGGGAGGUAUCAGUGCGUGAUGUCUGUCUUUUUGGAGAGCAAAUACAAGAAGCUACCCCCAUCUAACUCCCUGAUGGUCGUCGUGCAGAACCCAGUGAGCAAUCUAGUCCUAACUUCCAGCCCUAAAAUUACACAAACUGUCAACACUGACAUUCAAAUGAACUGUGCCGUUUCUUCAAAACCACUUUAUUCCUGUUUCUAUGCUGUCACCUGGCUGCACCGACAGGAUGCGGUUAAUACGACCAUUUUAAGCUCUGAUCAGAACGCUGUUGUGAAAUUUGAGCCGCACGUGGAACAGAAAGACAGGCAUCGAAUCAGCAUGUGGCGCAAAAGUACGUCCAAUUUUGAGUUGACUAUUCGGCAAGCUCGACUCUCAGACAGAGGUGUGUAUGAAUGCAGAGUGGUGGAGUGGCUUCAAGAUCCUCGUGGAGAUUGGUAUGCACUUCCAGCAAAGUCUGCAAUUACAAAGUUGGACAUUUCUGAGCCUGCCAACGAUCUUAUUUUAGAUAAGAAAAAGCAGCAGGUCAUGACCAAUGAGGGAGACGAAGUAAAGCUCAGGUGCAACAUCAGUUCAGAUGCAUCUGCCCUUUCCUACAAAGUUUCAUGGUUCUAUGCUUCCCCCACUUCCCUGAGCAUGAAUUAUUCUCUGGUGGAGCUGGAUCACACCGGGCUGCUGACUUACCCAUCGAACCAGGCGCUCAGUGGCCUGCAGAGUCGGCUUCGUCUCUCCAGACCCGCUCAGAACGACUUCUACCUCGGGAUUCAAAGGGCCCAUAAAGCAGACAGUGGGAUCUAUUGGUGCCAGGUGGAGCAGUACCAGCUGGAUAGUGAUGGUCAAUGGAAGCAAAAAGCCUCAAAAACGUCUGGCUCCAUUACACUCACUGUAAAUGUCACAGGUGCAAAUCUAUCUGUUGAAGUCGCAGAAGGGCAGAUAAACAUAAGUAAUACUAAGAGCUUUGAAAUUCCCUGUCACAUUACCCAACGAUCCAGCGAUGAAGCCCAGUACCAGGUCUCGUGGUUUUGGCAGAAAGAUGCAGAAGCCAAGCGUCCCAUAUUCACAGCUUUCCGAAAUUCCACUUUACAAGCAGGCGAUAGGAAGGGUGCACUGAGAUUCGAUCGCCCUCUGCAGAACAACUUCACCCUGACGGUUUUGGAGCCUGAUCCUGACGACAGUGGCCUAUAUUUCUGUGAGGUAGAGGAGUGGCUUUAUUCGCUCAGCCUUGGGUGGAGAAAUGUUGCCACGAAGAAGUCAGGAAACUUAAACGUUACUGUUCACACAGACGGAAGCAGUGAAGCUGUGGCUGACCACAUGUCUGAUUUAUUUCCUGUGGUGUUUGCGGUUACUGUCAUCGUCUUGCUCGUAGUCAUAUUGAUUCUGGCCCUGAAGAUGUGCAAGAACAAGAACUCUGCAGGAAACAAGUCAGGUCUGUCUCUUUGGGCCGAACAGCACCCUCUGAACGACAAAAGUACAUAA